ACGCGGUUGACUCUCAAUCCCAGUUGUAGGCCCUGGGAAUUUGAGUUGACUAAUUCGGUUGGCUUGGGCUUCCUUCCACCUCUUGUCUUUUGCUCUAACCUUGCCCUUGCUGGUUUUUCCAAACUUGCCCUGGAAAGCAAGUCUUGUGUCUUUCCGAGCUACGGAAAAGGAACGUUUUAAAGGCCAUCUAGGCUACCUUGUGCGAAAUGUCACGUCCCGCCUAGCGAGAACCAUGUCCGGUCCAGAGAACAAACCGAGCAAAGUUUCACAAGCCAUCAUCUCCUAUCUCUCCAGCAGUGGCAUUUGUGUCUGUCCUUCCAAGACCAGCCCCAGACAGAAGGCUCCAGGUGGGUGUUUUCCAACCUCGGGGCUGUUUGGCAUCCCGCUACCCUCGCUGCGUCCUUCGCAACAUGUCGAAGGUGUGCCAGAGUUUCUGGUGGAUGCCUGUGAGCAUCUCCGACCCCAUCUUCACAUGGAAGGCCUUUUCCGGAAAUGCGGUUCAAUGACUCGGAUCAAAGCUUUAAAGGCCCGUCUGGAAGCGGGCGAGCGGUGCCUGCACAUGGCUCUCCCGUGCGAUGUGGCCACUCUGGUGAAGCAGUUUUUGAGGAGCCUGCCUGAACCCCUGAUCCCCGCCGAGCUGCAAGGCUCCCUCUGCCAGGCGCAGCAACAAAGCCGAGAAGAUCGGGACUCGCUGACUCUGCUCCUCACCUGUCUGCUUCCCCCAAGGAACGCCACCAUCCUCCGCUACUUCCUAAGCUUCCUGCAGGAGGUUGCGGCCAGGUGCGGCCAGAACAAGAUGGACCUGGCCAACCUGGCCAUCAUCUUUGUGCCCAACCUCUUCUCCGGGGAGAUGUCCAGCCAGAUGGGCAUCAGUAAGGCGGAGGAGCGGCUGCAGAGUCAAGUGGCGGUCACUCGGGUGUUGAUCAGCCAUGCCUCGGAGAUUGGCACGAUUCCUGAGCCCCUCCGGGAAAAAAUUCACGCCGCUGUUUCAGACAUGGAAAGCAAACGGCGGUUUCGGCCAAGCCAGGAAGAGGCUGAAGUUGGCCACGCCACGAGGAGGAGGAGACGGCGGCGCAGCGUAAGCUAUAUGGUCACCGAAGCCCUGAGCAAAUUCAGGACCUGUCGAACUUUUUGCGUCAGUCCUGACCUGGAAAUGAAUCAGGAGUCUCAAGAUAGCACAGACCUGAAAAUAUCCUUCGGCUCCAAGCGGAAAGCUUCCGAGGAGGUGGUGACAAUUACCGAGCUUUCUAUCAAGAAAAGGAGAUCGGAUUUGGGAUUAACCAGUUCAGACCCCUUUGAGGAAAAUGGUGGGGAUUCUUUUGAUCAACCGGCUGACAUCACUUCAGUGCAAGGCGGCCCAGAACCUCCAACCGGGAAAAUUCAAUGGAAACAGAGCAGCAGCAGGAAACGCCCUCGGAGGAAGUCCACUACUCCUGCCUCCCUCACUGAGAGGAAGCAAAUAGGCCACAAAUCCUUGAGUAUCUUCUCUCGCAACAGCAAAGACCAGCAACCCCACUCCCUCUCUGCCAAAGGAGCAGACCCCAGUGGAUGGUUCCCGCUGAAGAAGAGGAGGCAAGAUGCAGGAGACCUCUCCAUGAUCCUGCCUCAGUGGGAAGGAUCCUGCCUGCAAUCCUACAAGGUCCAGGAAGAUCAAAGAGGGACUCCAAGCUGUUCAGUCGGUGAAAAGGCAAGUGCUCGCGUCUCCUUGAACCCGAGGGCUUUGGAGGAUGUGAAAUCCAGAAGGCCCGCAGAACCAAGGCCCUAUUUUGAGGUACUCAAUUCUCGGCAGAACGCAGGGACCCCCCUUGGAAAGAGAGGGCUGCUGGCGAAGAUGGAGGCCCUGGCUGAGACAAGUAGGCAAGGCAUCGCUCUCGCCAUGUGCCACAAAGCUCUCCGGCGAUCUCUGAGCUGGCCGGAAGAGCUCUCGUUGCGGGAUGCCAUGGAUGAAACCGAUUUCUCUCCAGAUGAAGCUGCCGCUAGCCCAGGAAGGCAGGAGGAUCUCGGGCCAGCUGAGCCGUCUCAGCCUGGCAUGAAAGAAGUCGUAUCAGGCAUGAAACAACUCAGCCUUCACAUGGUGCGCGCGGUGCCACCAGAGAGGCCCAGAGCUGGUUGUUCGGGAGACGAAUCUUGCCAUCUUUCUCCGAAGCUGUUUCCAUCUCGGUCGGAAGCGUUGGAGGCUGGUGGGGGUCUCGACAGUCAAAUCCCCCAAACUCCCGCAGGACAAUUCUCCCCCAACCCCCAACGGGCUCCACUCCGGUCCAACGAAGAGCCCCAAAUCAGCAUCCUCCUCGGUUCUCCCAAACCCAAAAGCAGGCGCCGUUUUGGACGGUCGGUGAGCCACGAGAGUGGCCUUCCCUUGCAGGGCGAGGCCUCCAAGGGAGGGAAAUCCAAGACGCCCCUGCAGCAGCUCAAGGCUUGCGGCCGGCAAAUCUUCAUCACCCACAAGCACAUCCGGAGUUCAUUGGCGGGGCUGUGGGGCCGAAAAGAGGGAUAUGGACCCACGGGGGACCCCCCAGACCAGCAGAGCAGCCUCCUGUUGGAAGAUCACCGGAUGCCCCAGAGCUGCCGUUCCCCGCAAAACCCCGCAAGGGAGUUGUAGAUGAUGAUUAAUUCACGAUGCUCCGAUUUGUCAACACCGUCCCCGACAUCCACGCCGGUAGGAGCCACUGAUGUCUGUUUGGGGCUUGAUUUGCCAUUAGUUGGAUCUAAAUUUGAGCGGGGGGGGGGCAGGCCAAGGAGGGCUUUGAUUCUGCUCCAAUCCUGCGGGUGGCUGAUGGCGUGCGUGAAUCCCACCUGUCAUUUUUCCUUCUUUAACAAGGUAAAAAGGUUGACACGGCUAACCUCCGUGAACCUCCUUUCCUGCCGUGUGUGGGCAGGUUCCCCCCCCUGGCAACUCUUGGUGCUUUUCUCUGCCUUCGUUAUUCAUUUUAUUAUGCCUCCCCCCACCCACCCAAAAAAAAUAAAGUUUUUGACUUGCAAGGCGGGAAAGGGCUCCCAAGGCAGCGCGUGAAAAACCUGGGGAGUUUUCUGUUUUGGGCUACGUCUGCUUUCCCCUUUGCAGUUCAUAGCUUCCCCUUUCUUUGUCUUAAAAGUAUGAAUCGCUGGAAGAGCAAUAAAAAUUCACGACGA